AUGGACCUAGCUGCAAAGGAGAAUGAUCAACGAGCGAGUCGAUGCGUCGAGAAGGGCACCGGGAGGAAGAUUGCUAUUAAGAAGAUUAAAGUCGGGGAGAUGAAGGAUGGAUUGGAUAUGACAGCGUUGAGGGAAGUAAAGUUUUUGCAAGAGCUUCACCAUCCAAAUAUUAUAGGGGAUUUGAAACCGAACAACUUACUCAUCGCCGCGAACGGAGAGCUGAAAAUUGCGGAUUUUGGUUUGGCAAGGGAAUUUGGCGACGCUGGAAGUAAGAUGACAUGUCAGGUUAUUACUAGCCGUGGACAUGUGGUCUAUCGGCACCAUCUUCGUCGAGUUGAUACUUCGUGUGCCGUUCCUCGCUGGAGAGACAGAUAUAGACCAGCUCAAGAAGACGUUUCAUGCAAUGGGUACGCCGACGGAGCAGGAGUGGCCGAUUUUCAUGAUGUGGGGUCAUACCCUAAGAACCCGUGGUGGAAUAUGAUCUCGUCGAUAGGAAAGGAAGGACAGGAUUUGGUUAGAGAGUUGUUGAAAUACGAUCCGCUUAGUCGAACAUCUGCGAAACAGGUGAGUAGCUUGUUACGAAGUCUCGCUAAUUUACAGGCCCUACACCACCGGUUCUUCUCCUCAUAUCCUAAACCGACUCCACCUGUAUCCCUGCCAAAACCCCUUGCUGAACUUCGACCGCGUGCUCUCGCUCCCGACGAAACUGAAGGGAAGCCUACUCUCGGUGGAAUGAAGCGAAAAGCAGAGUCGCCCGAUAUCACGCGUAAUGUCGCUCGUAAACUUGUAUUCGCUUAG